ACUGUUACAAUGAAAUUUGAAAAAAUCACUCGUUGCAUCAAACUUACAGGCUGGGGACAUUCUACCUAUGACUUCCCAGUGUACAAUUUGCCACAAAUAUCGGCUAGUGGCAUGUGGACACCUCAGCCAACUUGGCUUGGAAUCAACUUAUAAUACAAUAGUUUUGAUUUGAAAUGUCCCCCUUUCCAAUUCUGUGAUUACUUAAUCAGUUGACUGCUGCAAAUUUGAAGCAUCUUAAUUGAUUAGUUAUUCAAAGUCCACGCAUACUCCUUACUUAUCAAGUACUAUAUGACCAAAUCAUUCACAUAGCAUAAGAAAGGACCUCAUUUAUCUUCUUCCUACUCAGACUCCAAAGCUUCAGAUACAAUGGGAAGAGUUGAUUCCUCUAAUGAAGUUGAAACUCCUCAGCCAGUCGGCGGUGUGCCAGCUACCUCAUACCAAGGAGUAUAUACACCAACACUAACAGGAACUCCAUGGAGCACUGGCUUAUUUGAUUGUCAUAUGGACCAAACUAAUGCUACCAUGACAUCGUUUUUACCGUGUGUGACGUUCGGACAGAUAGCUGAAGUUCAAGAUGCAGGAGAAAUGACUUGUCCAUUGGGGUCUUUUAUGUACCUUUUGAUGAUUCCUGCUUUUUGCUCUCAAUGGAUCUUGGGUUCCAAGUACAGAACAAAGCUGAGGCAGAGGUACAAUCUAGUGGAAGCUCCCUAUUCAGAUGUAGUUUCUCACAUCUUUUGUCCAUUUUGUUCACUUUGUCAAGAGUUCAGAGAGCUUCGUAUUAGAGGACUUGAUCCAGCUCUAGGUUGGAAUGGCAUAGUUGCUCAGCAGCAGUAUGGAAACCAGCAAAUGAAUCAAGCUCCCUCAGUACAAUCCAUGUACAAGUAAAUUGAAGAGUACUGAUUUGUGUUAUUGUUUAAAUUAAGGUUGUAAGUUUUAGUUUUUACCAAAUCCUGUUGAAGUUUAUAUCCUUUAAUUCAAGCACCUGGUUGGAAUAUUGUUCCAUUUCAAUUGCAUAAUUGAAUUUACUGAAAGAAAUGCUCUACGCCCUGUUAGUUUUUUUUUUGUUCUUACAAACAAGCACUGUUAAAUGUUGUUCUCUUGCUAUCUUACAUGGUGAAUCUUAUUGUAAGGAAAUAAUAAAAAAUCCCACCAAAUUUGCCCAGCUUAGCUGGAGAGAUCUAGCCCUAUUUUAAAAAAUGCUAAUUCGGUUCGGAUAGAGUUCUUUCAAGAAUGUCACUGCCCCAGAAAUCAAUAAGAAAGAAAGUGUGAAAAUUGCAUAAAUUUUUCAUUUUGCUUCCCCUCAUGCUUUUCAUUACUUGUUCAGAUUUUGCUUUUAUCUUCAUUUUCUCCAAUUCUUAUUUGGAUAAGUAACACAUAUCUAAAUUUAAAAUGAGUAAUUUGGUUUUAAUUAAUCAAAACAAUGCAAGGUAUUAAAACAUUUUUGACAUACUUACUGAAGUUAACAUGGAUUAAAUUCAACAAUUCGUGCAACUUUCCAAUUCCGAAAAGGGUGAAAUGGAAAUGGAAAGAUCUAAGUAUUUUUUAAUUAAAAUAAAUAAAUAAAAGGAAAAGAUUCAAAUACAUACUACCAGUUAACCGUACCACUUCAUAAUCGGUCGACGUGCAAAAAUUUUCCGAUCACCAGACCGGCGGCGAUAUUGAAUUCAGAGAGAGAGAGACGUGAAAGGCAAACAGAAGAGAGCCGGCCGGCAUUUCAAUGGAUGUGCAUAAAAACAUGAGCUCAUUUAAGUUAAUCACCUAUAAACCCUACCUUUCGGGUUUUCUCUUCUGGUAAGUUAAUAUUGUUCUUCAUCCAACCUUGUAAAAUUUCAAUAAUUCUCAUUCUCUGUAUUUUUAUAUGCGAUAGCCCAAUCAAAAUGUGAUUCGGCGUUGUUGAGAUUGACAAAUGGUUGCAAUUUGAAUUUUGUUAAAUCGCGUAUGACAUUUAGCUUAUCAAUAACGAAGAUUUUG